GCCAGUGUGAGUUCUCGUAUCAUACAAUAUUAGAUACCACCGCAUUGCAGGCUAUGUCAAGCUUCUAUCUCGAACAAAGUUCAAACAGCCUCUCACUUCAACUUGAAAGUCCGUAACUUCUAAGAGCUAUGCUCAGAUCAGAUGAUCACGCCACUAGUACCGUGACUGGUUCUCGGUAUUCGAAUACGGUAGUGGCAGUGUUGCGCAUGCUUGUGCACUAACAGCGUAUUUUUGUCAAACAUACUACUUGGCGUCAGUGGCCAAGAGCAUGCUCUCCUCAUGGCUGAGCAAAAAGUCCAACAACACGCAGGCUAUCAGCCAACCAGAUCGGAUAUCGAAAGCUUCCCAAUCGACAGUGGAACUAACUGGACAUUCAUCACAAUCUGCAAUCCCCAUCACAGAUGACGAUCACAACGACGUCCACGAACACAUCUGGGAUCCCAGCACGUACUCCACCCGAACUGAACAGGACGCUCUCAAACCAAAUACAUCAGCCACUACUAGUAGCAGUAGCCGUACAUCAAGCCACGUGAAAUUGUCGCGACAGUCAACUGAGCCAGCAAAGUUUCUGACGCCGCAUGAUGACAUUCUCGCCGAACUCCAUGGAUACUUGCCCUCAAGUGGUCCUCAGACUUCAGAGCGGCAAUCUCUACGACCAGAUGCUCCCCGAGGAUCUUCCCUCAAUCUCGGUUCAAGCGCUGCUGAGAACUCAUUGUCCAACUCCGAAUCUUUGCCCAAUCAUGAACCAGCCAGGGAGACUAUGUAUGAACCGUACACCGGUCAGAAAUUAUCUGAUUAUGUAUCGGUGCCGGCGCGGUCGGGCACCGACGAUGAACUAUGGUCCCAUCUAUCGCAUAUUCUGGAGCUUCAGAGCGAAAUUUCAAAGAUGCAUGUCGAGAUGGAAAAUGCCGGAUUGCGGACUGCACGAGGUCAUAGAGAACCUGAGCGUGGUGGGAAGGCAGGCAGGAGGGAGACGAAGAAGAAUAGGAGAGGUGAUACACUCGUAGAAGAGGAAGAUGAUGAUGAGAGCUCUGAAGCGACCGAGGGAGAGGAUUCGGAUCAAAACGAUGAGGUGUUUGGGAAGAAGAAACGAGAUGAAGAAUUCACCAGACUGGCGGAGCGGUUUGAGGAGAGAAAAGUUUCCAUCGACACUGUCAUGACCAAGUUGGACAACCUUUCGAGCGCACUCAAGGCCUUUCAUGCUCUUCCCAUUCCAGCACUCGAUGUUGCAUCCUCUCGUAACAACACCGUGUCUUCCUAUGCUUCACUCACCACCGAUCGCGCUGCUGGUGCGGCCUCUGCGGUUACCUCGACCACAUCAGCUCCCCCGCGUAUAUCAGUACAACCUUUAGUAACGACGAUCAUAGAUGACUCGCAACGCGUGGAUAGCCCGGUGGACAUGCAUCUCGCACAAUUCAUCCCCGAUCGCAAUGUUGGGAAGAAGUAGCUUUCAUACCUUUCUGAAUGCAUUACAUCGUUUGGGAACAGGAU